AUGCUUAAGGAAGAUUAUGGUUACCCAGAUACUCUUGACUUUAGUGACAGAUAUAAAGAAGCUAUUAAAAAGUUCAAGGAAGGAAAUAUUGACCCGAACCUAUUUAGCUUUAUGGUUCAGCACCAAAUGGGAUAUAAUUUCAAACCUGGAAAAUACAAGCUCGCUAAGGGAUAUGAUUUAAUAGCAUAUCAUCCAAAUGACAUGGAUGAAUUUACUCCGAGAUAUUUGGUGUCAGAGCUAAAUGAUAAUUCAACUCUCUUCAUGAAACGCGUAAAAAAUAUAGACGGAACGAAAGAAGAAAGGUUUAUGAGUCCGGAUGACUUAGAUAGGGAACUUGUUAAAAACGGUCUCGGAAUAUAUGAAAUGCCAGCAGAUGAGGUACAAGAAACUCCACAGGAAGAAGUUCAGAUACAACCAGACAUGGAAGAAAUAGUUCAGCAACAACAGCUAGAAGAGCCUGAAGGAAACGAACAAGUCCCUCCUUUGGAAACUAACUUCACAGAACUAGAUGAAGAUUUGGAACAGCCGAAAAAUCUUGACCCUCAACAAGACUAUGAGGUGAAUAUGGAAUCUUUCCAAGAGUCUAAGAAAAAUUCGGCUGACAUGGUAGAAGAAUAUCGAAAAAUGUUCGCCGACAUACAAAAGACUCCAACAUCAGAUGAAAAUAUUCAGCAUAGAAUGGAA